AGUAAUAAGCGGGUUUCAUCAUGUGAAAUGUAUUUGUUUAGUCUUUUGGUUUAUUCUAGAUAAAGUAGCUUUCGCUUAAUCAACGCAACAUGAGAAUAAUCAGUAUCUUUUUUUCUCCAUUGUCAAUAUAAAAGAUAACCUGCUCCCCGUUAUCUCUCUCUCUCACACACACUUGCGCAGGCAUGCAUACACGCACAAUGAACUCAGUUCGAUGUAGCAAGAGCAGCAACAAAACUCUCUCACUUGUUUUCUUGUGUCUUCUCUCAUUUCUAAAUGAGCAACAUACUGUGCUCACUCUUGCUGAAGCCAAAAGCAAUGUUUACAUCGUUUAUAUGGGAACACGGCAGCAUGAUGAUCCAGAACUCCUUGCAGAAACCCAUCACACAAUGCUUGCUAGAGUCCUUGGAAGCAUAGAAGCAUCUGCAGAAGCCAUGGUCUAUAGCUACAAACAUGGCUUCUCUGGUUUUGCAGCCAAGCUUACCAAGGCUCAAGCGCAAGCAAUAUCAGAGUUACCUACUGUGUUACAAGUCAUACCCAAUCGCUUUCAUAAGUUACAAACCACAAGAAGUUGGGACUACCUUCAACUGUCUUCGUAUUCUAUAACUAAUGUCCUGCACAAAUCUAAAAUGGGCAAUGGCGUUAUCAUUGGUCUCAUUGAUACAGGGAUAUGGCCAGAAUCCCAAGUUUUCCAAGAUGAAGGUCUAGGGCCAAUUCCUUCUAGAUGGAGGGGCAUUUGUGAGUCAGGAGAGCUGUUCAAUACAAGGAAGACCUGUAAUAGAAAACUUAUUGGAGCUCGUUACUUCAUCAAGGGACUCCAAGCUGAGUAUGGACAGCCAUACAACAGUACUGAAUAUCAAGAAUGCUUGUCCCCAAGAGAUCUAUCGGGACAUGGAACAUCCACAUCUUCAAUUGCAUGUGGAUCCUUCGUGGCCAAUGUGAGCUACAAAGGACUAGGUGUUGGCACUGUGAGGGGUGGCGCACCCCUAGCCAGGCUGGCUAUGUAUAAAGUAUGCUGGAAUCUGUAUGGAGGAGGAGUAUGUACAGGUGCUGACAUUCUGAAAGCCUUUGAUGAAGCUAUACAUGAUGGGGUAGAUGUGCUAUCACUGUCCAUUGCCCCUGAUCUUCCCUUUCCUGAUGUGGAGAUACACAAUGGGAUCUCCAUUGGUGCCUUCCAUGCUGUGGCCAAGGGAAUCACUGUUGUGUGUGCAGCUGGAAAUGCUGGCCCAAGUGCUCAAACGAUACAGAACACAUCACCUUGGAUCAUAACUGUUGCAGCAAGCACUAUAGACCGGUCUUUCCCUACACCCAUCACCCUUGGAAACAACUGGACUACAAUGGGCCAAGCGAUCUUUACAGGAAAGGAUACAGGGUUCAUCAAUCUGGUCUACCCUGAGGUGCCAGAACUCCUAUCCCCCCGUUACUGCGAAUCUCUCACACCAAAUGACACUUGGUUGGCUGGAAAUGUGGUGCUCUGCUUCACUUCAAAUUCUAAUCAGUACGCAGUAGAGGAUGCUGCAUGGUCUGUCAAAGAUAUUGGUUGUUUGGGACUAAUUAUUGCUAUAAAUCCCAGUAGGUCCCUGCAUUCAUGUGAUGAUAACUUCCCUUGUGUUCAAGUAAGCUAUGAAAUUGGUACCCAGAUACUCUACUAUAUUCGCUCUACCAGGAAUCCACUUGUCAGGAUUAGGCCUUCCAAAACACAUCUUGGUAGACCUGUGUCAACCAACGUGGCAUACUUCUCAUCUAGAGGGCCUAGUUCCAUCAGCCCAGCAAUACUAAAGCCAGAUGUAGCUGCCCCGGGUGUCCAUAUACUAGCAGCAGUUUCUCCUCAUAACCCAGAAAUUGCAUAUAAGUUUCAAUCAGGAACAUCCAUGGCAACUCCUCACGUCUCAGGCAUUGUUGCAUUGCUCAAAUCAUUGCACCCAGAUUGGUCCCCUGCUGCUAUCAAAUCAGCACUUGUAACCACAGCAUGGACUACUGAUCCAUCCCGUGAACCAGUAUUUGCAGAGGGAGAGCCAAUGAAACUUGCUGAUCCAUUCGAUUAUGGUGGUGGAAUUGUUAACUCAAAUAGGGCAGCAGAUCCUGGUCUUGUGUAUGACAUGGGGACAGCAGAUUAUAUUCAGUACCUCUGUGCCAUGGGCAACAACAACUCUGCCAUUUCCCAGCUUACUGAGCAUCCCACAUUCUGCCCCAUAAAACAACCAUCUAUUUUGGACGUAAACCUCCCUUCUAUAACUAUCCCAACCAUUGGAAAUUCAACAACUCUUACCAGAACUGUCACAAAUGUUGGAGCGGUUAAUUCCAGAUAUGUGGCCAUUAUUGAGCCUCCGCAUGGCAUAACUAUAGCAGUAAAACCUCAUAUAUUGAUCUUCAAUUCUAUGAUUAAGACAAUCUCUUUCACUGUUAGGGUUUCCUCUACUCAGAAAGUGAGCACAGGAUACUCUUUUGGAAGCUUGACUUGGACUGAUGGGGUGCAUACUGUAAGAAGUCCAAUAUCUGUGAGAACUGAGAUAGUAGAAUCUUAUGAUUGAUCAGAAGGUAAUGAUCUGGAUAGGCAAGCAUGUCCAAUUAAAAUUGUAAAGUUAUCAUAGUGACUUUGAAUAAAAUAAAAAAUGGCUGCAGUCUCUAAACAUUAAAAUUA